CCGGCGCGGCGGAGGGCGCAGGUAGCGCUGCCGGCGGAGCGCGCAGGGCCGGGGGGGCCAUGGGGAAGGUGCAGCUCUUCGAGAUCCGCCUGGGCGACAGCCGCGUCGUGUUCGGCCCCGGCGAGCCGCUGGCGGGCACCGUCACCGUGCGGCUCUCGGGCUCGCUGCAGUACCGAGCCAUCAAGGUGAGCUGCGUUGGAUCCUGUGGGGUAUCUAACAAGAUCAAUGACACAGCAUGGACUGUGGAGGAGCAGUACUUUAACAGCACACUGUCUCUGGCAGACAAAGGGAUCCUGUCAGCUGGAGAGCACAACUUUCCCUUCCAGUUCCUGCUGCCAGCCUCUGCUCCUACAUCCUUUGAAGGCCCUUUUGGCAAGGUCCUCCAUCAGGUGAAGGCUGUGAUAGACACACCUCGCUUCUCCAAGGACUACAAGUGCAGCAAGAUUUUCUACAUUCUCUGCCCUCUCAACUUGAAUGACAUCCCCGACAUUGAGCAGCCCAACACUAUGUCAAUCACCAAGAAGUUCAACUACAAGCUUGUGAAAAGUGGUAACAUCAUCCUGACUGCCACCUCAGAUCUGAAAGGGUACAUCGUGGGCCAGGCCAUCCAGCUCCGCACCGACAUCGAGAACAAGUCGGGCCGGGACACAGGGGCUGUGGUAGCCAGUCUGCUCCAGAAAGUGGCUUAUAAAUCCAAGCGCUGGAUUUAUGACCUCAGAACCAUCGCAGAGGUGGAAGGCUCAGGAGUGAAAGCCUGGAAAUGUGCAGAGUGGAAGGAGCAGAUCCUUGUUCCAGCACUGCCCCAGUCCAUUCUGCAGGGCUGUAGCCUCAUCCAUAUUGACUACUACAUCCAAGUGUCCCUCAAGUCUCCAGAGGUUUCAGUCACGCUCCCCAUUUACAUCGGUAACAUUGCUGUGAACAGGGUGCCCCUGAGCCCCUCCCGGCCCAUCCAGCACGUCCCAUCUGCAGUGGUACCCAGUGCCCCCCCGGAGGAAGAGGAGGCUGCCAGCGGUUACCACUCCAUGGACAAUGUCUCCAUCCCCACCAAAAGCCAUUCCCAGCAGCAGCCAUUUAGCUAUGCCCCAGGACUGAGCUUCCAGGAGAUACGGGUGGACUCAGAGCAGACGGGCUCCCCAAACCACCCCACACUCUGCCUGUCAACGGGGGCCACUGUCCCUUACUAUGCCGAGGGGAACGUGGUGCCUGUCGCCACCGCCAGCUCCCUCAUUUUGCCUCCGGAGUACAGCACGUGGGGCUACCCCUAUGAGGCACCUCCAUCCUACGAGCAGAGCUGCAGCAGUGCCAACUCCAGCAUCAGCAACGGCAACUGACCUCCCCUGCUCUGAGUGCUGCUGGUGCUGCCCACCCCAGUGCCACGGUUCAGCUGCCUACACCGAGGUCUGCUACAGCACGAGGUGUCUCUAUCUCCCUGGCUGCUUGGUGGGGUAAAUGGCACAGCCCAGCCUGGGCUUUCUAAGUCUCUUUCUAGGGAGGGGGGUGGGAAAACCAAAAAGUGCAGCCAGAGCAGCCUGUGUGUGCAUAGGAGAGGUCUGGGAAACUCAACUGCUGCUGCACCAAGGGCUGGAGGACUGGUUUAGCCCCAGGCAUGGCCUCUGCAGCAGCCUGUGAUUAAAGUACUGUAGUCAACACUAACUGCUUUACUAUCAAAGCACCUGCGAUGCCUUAUCUGAAAUGCUCCUGACUUGGCAUGUCUCCACUGUAGGUGAAGGCUGGGCUGGGUGGACUUUCCUCUUGUCUUUAGGGGCCGUGUGCUCUCCAGAAGUGGUUUUGAGAACCCUGUCCUCAUAGGGCCUAAGGGUAGCUGAAACAGGAGGUUUCUUGGAGUGAGCAGGUUUGGAAGGUCACAGACUCAAGAGCCAAAAGUCCUCCCUGUACCUGUGCUGUGGGGUAAGGGACCUGCAGCCUUUGGUCCUUUCACAGUCUGUGGGGAAGAGAGAGCACGCUGUGGCACCCACUCCUAACCCAGGAGUCCCUGUGGAGCUGUGGAGGGAGCCCAGUGUUACCCUGGGUGCCCAUCACCCAGCCUCUGGCCUUUCUCAUCAGAGGGUGACUCUUUCCUCUGGAAAGCCCUGUAAGAGACAAUCCAUCCUGGCUCGCUGCAGGCUGCAUCACUUGGGAUGGGCAGCACUCGUCAGGCUGCAGUGAUGGGGCAUCCCAGAUCCCUAUGUCCCAUCUCCCACCCUGCAGGGUGCCUGCUCCAUCCCAGCUGCCUUCAGCAGGCCAGAAUUCCAUGACGAUCAAGUUAGAAAAGUCCUGUCUGAUGCUACCUCUGAGUCCCUGCACAUGGAAGCCCUUUCCUUUGGGAUGACCCUCCCUGGAGCCUCAGCCUGGUGUCUCACAGGAGCACCCAGCACAGCCAAGCCAGGGCACGAGGGUGCUUGGCCUGGGCGCUGCUCUGUGGGUGCUGGUUGACCACUUGCCUCCUGAGCUAGAUGAGGAGUGGGAGCACAAAGCUCUGCGCUUCUGGACCCAGCAGGUCAGGGGUGAAGCUCAUGGAUGGAAACCAACAUUUUUCUUCCUUGCUUCUCCCUCCUCACCUCCUUUUUUAAGCUUUUUUAGUAUCAACUGCCCAAGCUGAGGAAGCCACAACCUUAGGGCACGGCUGGUGCAGAGCUUGGGCCCCUCUGAGCACUGCUCUCACUCCAGGCAGUAUGUGACAAAGCUCUGGGGAGCAGCCCAGCCUCCCCUCCGCCCCGCACGCCCGCUGCAGCUGGGGACAAGCCUGCUUUGCACUCUUCCUUUGCAAAUGCUUUUAGUUUGGUUCAUUUUAAGUGUUGAACUGCUUUAAGGAUAGAGUAGAGAAGGUGCUGUUCUGAGCAGUGCUGGCACAGCACGCACCGCUGGUGAUAGAAUGAUUGUCAUUGUCCCCGAAUAUAUAUAUAUAUAUAUGAGAUGAAGUUUUGUUUUUAAUGAUUGAAUUCAGAAAUACAAAUUUUAAUGCUGUAUUUAAUAAAUUAUUCUAAGAGAAACGCUGUGCUUUUUCAUCCAUUGCUGAUGCUUAUCCAUGUGCCUCUUCAUGCCAAACCCAGGGAUGCACCGGGCUGGGAAGUGACAAAGUGAAGCACAUUUUUGCUCUGGCCACAGGAGAUGGUGACUUCUGCUGACACCCAGCACAGUGUAGCCUGCCCAGUGUCCCAAAGCCAUGGUCUGUCCAAGUGGCCCUCUCAGGCACCUCUCUCUGCUGUCCAACAGGAGAGGGAUGGGAGCACAGGCUCUCCUUUCAGGAUGGAGAUGGAGCAGCCAAGCCCUGGCUGGAGGGGCUGGACACCACCAGCCCCUGCCCUCUCUUAAAGAGCCAUUUGGAAUCAAUGUGUUAAAACUGGAAGAAGUUUCCUCCCCAGAUGCACAGUUUGGUGACACCAUGGCUGAGGUGUGCAGGUGCUGACUAAGUACUGUCACUGUGAGUAGCCCAAGGUGUGAGCUGGGUCUCGGACAUGAGGAUGUGGCUUCACUGCUCAAUUCAUGCUUCUGCACAGCUUUAUUAUUCCAGCCUCUCUCCUUUGCCUGCUGGUCUGUGCCUGCCAUCGAAAGCAUUCUUGAUAUGCAGGGGGUCAAAGGCAGGAACUUGGUUGUGAUGGUGCAGCUCUUCCCAGUGCUCUUCCUCUUCCUCCCAGUUACCUGAACCUGUUGUGCCUGGCUCAGCCCAUAGCUCCCGUGGCCUUCCUGGCUGUCAGCAGUUUGUAUCACUCCUUUCCUCAACCCAAACCCCUUCCACACCUCUGGACAAAUCCCAGGGAGCUGUCAAUGCUUCUGGCCCUCCUCAGUUGGCCUCACAUGCUCCUGGCCAAGAUAGGUCCAGGGGAGGCAGCCUGGGCUGGGGCUGGGUUCCCACUUCCUUGUUCUCCAUCCCUGGAGCUGAGCUGCUGGUGUCAUGUCCAGCCCAUGUUCCUCUCCUGGAAAACUUGGAUGCUGUUUGGUUACUGUGACCAGAGCCACGGGGAUGCCGUUCGACACCCUCAGCCAUGUCUGUCCUCCUCAUUUAACCUUUGCAGUUAGGAAUGCACCGCUCAGGGUGGAGACCAUGGCAAGGAGAGCCCAGUUGUAUCUCCCAGAGCUCCUGGGGUGCCCUGCAUCGCUGCAGUGCUCCCCUCUUCUGAGCCUGCUGUCCCAAAUCACAUUUACUACAACCUGGUCCUUCAGCACCUCUUGCUGUACAUGGAAGUCUCCUUGGCAAAGCAACAAAGGGGAUCAUAUUCUUCACUGAUGAGGAAUGUCCAUCUCUGCUGUGGAGGGAGCAGGAAGGAGUUGGAGCUGAACCUCACGGUGAUCCUCAUUUUGGAUGCUGGGGCUGGGCACACACAGCUCCUGCAGAGAAAUACCCCUCUGAGACCUGCAGGGAGGCUAAGGCCAGAGUGCAGCAGGUCCCAUCCUUGGUCAUGUUUCAUGGACCCCUUUGAUGGAUGGAAUUAGUCCAGCUCUUCAACCUGCCUGCGGUGGUGGCUGCAGUGCUUGGGGUGUAACAUGCACUGGGUGAACACAACGGGGCAGAUCCCAGUGUCUGGGUGUGUGUUCCCCUGGGAGAGAAACAGCAGCCUUGCUGCUGUCUCUCUCCUCUGCAGCCUCUCCAGCUUCAACCUCUAUGUCCUGGGGAGCUCCUGGAGGCCCCUGAGCCUCCCUCAGUCCAAAGGCAGGAAUGAAGAUGGGGAAAAAAGCCCCUUUUCCCAAACCCAGCUCUGGGUAUAAAGAACUCCAACCCACAGGGAUUCACUCACAUUCCUGGCUUUAAGCAGUUGGGUUCGGUUGUGUUGCAGUGGGGAAGCAGUGGGGCACUAGUGAGCCAAUAGUUUCCAAACUCAGCAUUCCAUGGAAAAUACCAAAAAAUCAUCUGCCUUUUUCCCUUUGCUGCUGCUUUUUUGUCCUUGUCCCGCUCUCCACAUGUGCUGCUUCCAUGUUUUGGGCAUUUUCAGUGCUGUUUGUGUCCUGCUAAACUCCGCUUUGGCACCUGAUGUCCCACUGCCUGCGGGAGAUGGGAAAGGGGACACAGGGGAUGCAAAGGCUCUUCUUUGUGUUGGACACUGACUCUCUUUCAGCUUUCCACUGAACCAACAUACUGCCUGCUAGGAACUUCCCUGUUGAGCCAGCACAAGAGGGGAGAUAAAGGGUGCUCUGGGCUCCGUUUGGGUUUUAUUCUCUUAGUUUUAGACAUUUCCAAUGUUCUGCAGCAGGAAUGUCCCAAGGAGAUACCUGGGGGAUAAAACCCUCCACACUCAGUGCCCAUUCUUGUACCCAUACCAGCGGCUGCAGUUCUUGAUUCCUGUGGUUCCCUUUCCAGAUGUGGGGGUUUUAUACAGCAUUUGAUGGCUCUGUUUAACCUCAGGCUUCGGUGCGAUUUGUAACGGGGUUUUGCAGUGGCACCCUCCAGUUUUACACGUUCAGCCCCGCUCCCGGGGCCUGUUUCUGCCCCGGGUUUUAAACCCCCCCAUGUAAAGAACUGGAGAAUGUAAAUAAAGAUCUUUUCUAA